AUGUUGACAGACAAGAAGCCAAGCGCCGAAGAAUGGGAAGGCGAGCCAGAAGACGAGAAACAACACUUCUUCCAAGAGGAGCUCUACAUUCACGCCAAGCUUUGUAUCGUCGACGACAAGUACGUCAUCUGCGGUUCUUCGAACAUCAACGACCGUUCACAACUAGGAUUCCACGACUCGGAGCUCUCGAUUGUUCUGCACGACAAAGAUGAGAUUGAUACUGAGAUGGACGGCAAGCCAUACAAGGCUGCUCGACUCGCCCAUGAGCUACGUAGCAAUCUUUGGCGCGAACAUCUCGGUCUUCUCCCACCUCAAACACUCGAUGCAAAGGACGACCCUAACGCGCAACCUCCCUCUGAACACAGCCGUAAUGACACUCUACCAGGUCCGGAGGCCGACUUUGUGUCCGACCCGCUCUCCUCAAAACUAUGGGAUGAAUGGACUGAACGUGCAACCACCAACACUGAGGUGUUCCGCUCACUGUUCCACGCCGAUCCUGACAACAACAUCAAGACAUUCGAAGACUACGAUAGUUUCACGCCUAACCCCAAGGCAGACAAGGACCACAAGCAGGGUCACUUGUAUGAUAAGGUCCGUCCGGUGGCGGAGAUCAGGGCCGAGCUGGAUCGCGUCAAGGGUCAUUUGGUGUGGAUGCAGUUGGAAUUCUUGGAGAAUGCGGAGUUGGCUGAACGAGGAUUGCAGGUCAACUCGUUCACGGAGAGUGUUUAUACCUAA